AGAGGCGGCGCCGCUACCCCAGCAACCAAGGGGUAGGCAGGCUCUGCCAGCCGAGCGUUCAACGAAUGGGGUUGUAGCUGGGCUUUCAACCCCGGCAUGGCUUCCGCUUUGCCGCUUUUCGAUUUUAGUGCAACGAGAGACCACCUGAGCGACCGGAACACGAUAGGUGGUCGGUCGGUCUGCGAGAGGUCUCGACUUCCUCGCUGAAAAACGACCUGAAGAGUGUUCCAAGACUGUCCAAAUUGCGCGAAAUAGUGUGUUCUCUUUUGGAAGAAAUAUUGCGGACGACAGUUGUGACACUUGAGUAUAAUGGGGAAAGCUUGAAAAAAUAAGUGAGCAAAUUUUAUCAUCGAGUGAAAAGUGAAGUCAGACAAGAGAUUUACAUUCUAAUGAAUAUUUAUAAAUUUAAUAAAUUUUGUCAGUAAUAUAUUUUUGAAGAAUUACAAACACGAUGCACAAUCAGAAUAAUUUAUGUAAUAAAUAAAUUCGAUCGGUGCAAUUGUAAAAUGCAAUCUGAGAAUUGAAGGAUGACAUUCUGAACGACAUUCGAGAAUUGGAUAAAUUUAUAUAAUGAAAAAAAUAGUUAAACACGCAAUGGUGAUAUUUAAAGGCUGACGCUUUGUUAAAAAUCAUAAAAAACAGGAUAUAAUUAAAAAAUGUUAUCUUGAUUUGAUACAUGAAAGAAUCCAUUCCUGCAUCAUAAAACAUUUGACGAAAAAUUUCUAAAAAGAUAUCAUGUUAAAGUUUUUCCUCGCAAUCUCGCGUAAACGCAAUAUAUUAAUAAAAAACUAGAUAAAGCAAUCUGCUCAAUAAAUGAUAUAAUAAUUAAUAAAAAAAGUGACGCAAAAAAAUCCUGAACUCCUUAAACCGAUACAAUUAAUACGUUCAAUAAAUGGAUGAAAUAAGGAUCUGUGAAAAGUAUGAAAAAAUCUGAAAAUAUAAAAAAGUGUAAUAAAAAUAUUAUUUUCAAAGAAGCAUUGCUGAGAGAGAGAGUGUUUGCAAGUGAUUUGCGAAGAAAUGUCUGCGACGCGCGAUCGGCGAAGUGAUGCAAGUCCGAAUAUCUUUAUUUCGAAGUCGUAAGUGGCUGGAUGCGAGCCAAGGCAUUUUAAACGAACGAUUAACAAGUGUCACGACAAAUCUCGACACGUGCCAGAAACGAUUCGCCAAGGCACGUGCCGUGGUGUUUAGAAAUAUUAUCCUGCACGCGUCCAGACACGUGUCGAUCCUAUCUCUCGAUCCUCGAGACGUGAUCGAGUGCUUAUAAGCGCGAUUCGAAAUUCCAGCGAGAUACACGAUAUGUAAUUCUCAAGGGGAUUCCGAAUCCAAUUAUCGCAAUCGAAAAUGCUUAACGCGAGGAUCCGAAUGACGUGAGCAGCCAGCUUCGUCUACGUCUAGUCAGAAAUCUAGUCAUAUCCCUUUCAUUAAUUAAUUUGAUCUGGACUCUUCGUAAAAAAGUGUUGUAAAUAAUACAAUUGUAAGCUAAAAUUCGAGCGAUUACUGAACCCCAUCAUCAUCAUCAUCAUGUAUUCAAUGGACAAUCUUGAGCGGGACAUGAUGAACCGGCAUUACAUGUACGAAGCGCAUAGCUUCCUGGGGAACCCGGCGAUCCCGGCAUUGCCGCCGCAUUGUGGGGUGCCGACGACGGCGACACUUCCGGCUGUCAUUCCUUCGCAGCUGCCGUCGUCUCAUCAUCCCUCCGGUAGCACCGGCAGCACCAGUGGUAGCGAGCACUACCUGUACGACGAGAACAGCAGCGACAACGAGAGCGUUUACAGCAGCGACCAGGAGAAUCACACGAGGGAACGAAGUAGUCGAGGUAGUCGACGCAGCGGUGCAUCGGGAAAAUGCCCGAGACAGGUGCAGGUUCAGCAGCGACAAGCGGCGAAUAUGAGAGAGCGAAGGCGCAUGCAAAAUAUAAACGAUGCUUUCGAGGGCCUGAGGGCCCAUAUACCGACCCUACCGUACGAGAAGAGACUGUCGAAGGUCGACACGCUGAAGCUGGCGAUCGGUUACAUAAACUUCCUCAACGAGCUCGUCCGGGCGGACAAGGGUAACGAUCCGCUGACGGGCAACAGCGGUCUCUCGAGAUGCUCCAGCCGGGACGAUUCUAAGAAGAUCAUAGUCCGUGGAUGCGGUGGAAAUCCGUUUAUUUCGCAUUCGCUCUCGUGGUCGAGAAAAUCUGACAUCUCGCCGAACGGAACGAUGUACGCGAAAGUUUGGACCCCGGAGGAUCCGCGAGCGUCGAAAAGCGGGACGGCUUUCGAGUAGACGUCGAAAAACAUCGACGAGAUAAAAAAAGAGAAUGUACGACCUUACUCGUAAGACUCUAUUUAUACAAGGGAAGAGGAUCGUUCCUCAUCUCGCGUGUUAUUUAGUGUCUAAGGAGAAAAACACGUUUCUAGUCACCGAUCCUCAUGUCUCAUGUGAUUUGUACGUUCUCAUAUCAAGCCUCUGUAAUUUUUUCAGAUUUCUUUCAGCGAAAUAUAAUCGCUAAUAUAUAUUUAUUUCUCGCGAUUUCAUCGAAAAUUGAAAUUUGUUGUAACAAAUCGAAUUAGCCGUUGCAAAAUGCACACGUCACGAGAGAAACAAAUGUUUUGCAAGAUUCCAUCUACGCGUUUUUGUAGAUAAAUGCAUUCUAAAUAUAUUUUGAACUUGGAUUUUCAAGUUCAAUAAUUGUUUUAUU